AUGCUAGCGCUACGUGUUUUGUUAAUGAAAAACACACUCAGUCAACAUGGCGGCGCGCACUGCGCGGCCGGUUGGAUCGCGCGGCGAGCAGUGAUGUCCGCGUCCGCGCCCCACGCCCACGGGCGCACCCCCGUGCGGCGAAGGGGGCAUCAACAUCACCCGCGGUUGAGGGGCGACCGCCUGCCCGCCCCCGGGCCAACCGUAAACAAAACUCCGUCCAAAGAAGUGACCUUAGACUCCAAAACAGACGAUGUUGUGCCUUGUGUCAAUAGUGUUAGUGAAUCUCAAGAAGUGACAAGGACAAAUAGUGACGAUGCACUUUCCAAUCGAAAUACAAUCGAAGACUCGAAUAUCGGUGAUGAAAUUGAAUUUGACGUACGGGUACGGGACACCGAGUCAAACGGAACGUCGGAUGAUGAUUUCUCUUUCAAAGAGGAAAGAUUGGCUGGUGAUGGGGCAGAAGUGGUGUUGUCCACCGAACCCGUGACAGAUGACGAUCCCGAGACCGCUGAACUAGCCAAACUCAGAUGCCCUAGUGAAUGUACAGAGGUCUUAGCUGCACGAGAGAACCGCCGCAAUCGAAGAUGUGCAGAUUAUCCUGGCCUAGCGUUUGGGAGUUCGAUCUUCGCGUCGGAUACGAUGAUGAAGUUUUCCAUAAUCAAAAAUGAGUUGCAGAAUAUCAAGAAUACGGCAUUAAAAAGGGUAACAAACCACAUCAUUGUUCUUGUAUUUAAAACAUUGAGCAGUUCGCGUGGGCUAAAUGCGUUAGGACUAUUUUUAAUCGCAUUUCGUCAGAGAAUCUUGUGGGUGUUCCUUGCACGGGGUGGAUUGCGAUCAGCUGAGCAAUUGACAUUUUACUUGAAACUUGUUUACACUCAGCAAUAA